AUGGAUGGGCUCGGUCUUGAUGCUUCUAAACCAAAUUAUGGGCUAAACCUACACAGCCUGAGACGUGCUAUUGAUCAUCACAUGAGCAUGAAGCUUGUCCUAACAUAUAGAAAAACGGAUACAUUGACGGAUUGUGCCAAAUGCAAACUAUCAAAAACAAUUGCUUCCACAUUUCUUGGCACGGGACCAUCAUGA